AUGAGCAGCACACCAGAAAACUUGACUUCGGACGGCAAGGUCACCAAACGCAUUAUCAAGGAAGGUCUCGGUGCUGUUCCCAAAAGCAAGAGUCAAGUGAGUGUCCAUUACGACGCGUACCUGGUCAAGGGAAAUACAAAGUUUGAUUCUUCACGCGAUCGCAAGGUGCCCUUUGAAUUCAAGCUUGAAGGAGGUCAAGUGAUCAAAGCAUGGGAGAUCGCUGUUCCUACCAUGAAAGUUGGAGAGGUUGCUGAAAUCGUUUGCGACUAUGAAUAUGGCUAUGGUGCAAAAGGAAGGAACCCAUUGGUACCACCAAAAGCAAGCUUACGUUUUGAAGUCGAAUUACUUGGCACAUGGGAGCCUGCUGCUUCGGCAAAACAACGUUUGGAAAUGGCAGCAUCAAAGAAACAAGAAGGCAAUGAUCUGUUCAAAAAGGGGGAUGUCGAACAUGCAUUACUCGCAUACAAAAAGGGGCGGGAAUACAUUAUUGAUCUAUGGGAUUGUGAACCUGAAGAGACUGUCCUUUGUCGAGAGCUGGUGAUUGCCCUUCAAUCCAACGUUGCAAUGUGCUAUUUGAAACUACGUCAAUGGGACAACUCGAUCGAAGUUUGUAAAAAGGUACUAGAUCGUGAUCCAUGCAAUGUCAAGGCUUGCUUCCGAAUUGGCCAAGCAUGUAUAGAGACAGCGAGAUACGAAGAAGGAUUGGAAUUUGUAAAACUUGGAUUACAGGCACACCCUGAGGAUACCAAUCUCAUAGCAAUGGAGAAAGCGAUCAACAAGAGGAUCAAUGAUUACGAUCGAUCGUCCAAGGCAGUUUAUCGAAAGAUGUUUUCUUGA